CCAAUAUGCACAGGAAAGAAGGCGAACCAAUCGCUAUUGUCGGCAGUGCCUGUCGUUUUCCAGGCGGUGCCAAUACUCCAACCAAACUCUGGGAUCUUCUCCGAGAGCCAAAGGACGUCCAGACAAGAAUACCCGAAAGCCGCUUCAACCCUGAGGGCUUCUAUCACCAGAAUGGCAAACACCACGGCACAAGCAACGUUUUACAUUCGUACCUUUUAGCCGAGGACUGCACCGAGUUCGAUGCACAAUUCUUCGGCAUCAAGCCCGUGGAAGCAAAUGCCAUUGAUCCACAGCAAAGGCUACUGCUCGAGACCACUUUUGAGAGUAUCGACGCGGCCGGUCUCAAAGUCGACACUCUCCGCGGAUCAAACACAGCUGUAUAUAUCGGUCUGAUGACAGGUGACUACGCCGACCUCCAGCUAAGAGAUCCCGAGGCAUUCCCUACCUACAUCGCAACGGGUACAGCAAGAAGCAUAAUGUCCAACCGCAUCUCGUACUUCUUUGACUGGCACGGCCCGAGUAUGACAAUAGAUACUGCAUGCUCUUCAAGUCUGGUGGCUGUGCAUCACGCUGUGCAGACCCUCCGUUCUGGUCAGAGUCGGGUUGCCAUUGCCGGUGGUUCUAAUCUCUGUCUGGGUCCGGAACCAUAUAUUGGAGAAAGCAAUCUGGCAAUGCUAUCACCGACCGGCCGUUCACGUAUGUGGGACGCUGCUGCGGAUGGCUACGCUCGCGGAGAUGGUAUAGCCGCUGUAGUUCUCAAAACGCUAAGCUCGGCGUUGGAAGAUGGAGACCAUAUUGAUUGUGUAAUCCGCGAGACCGGAGUCAACCAGGACGGCCGUACUCCCGGUAUCACGAUGCCUAGUGCGGCAGCACAAAAGACUUUGAUCCGCGACACCUAUGCCCGAGCUGGCUUGGAUCUGGAUCGAGUAGAAGACCGACCUCAGUACUUUGAAGCUCACGGUACAGGAACGCCCACCGGAGAUCCGCUCGAAGCUGAGGCCAUCAGCUCUGCAUUCUUCCCAUCCGAACGUCAUCUGGACAAAUUAUAUGUCGGGUCUAUUAAAACUGUCAUUGGACACACUGAAGGUACAGCUGGUCUGGCCGGUCUUCUCAAGGCGUCUUUGGCACUACAGGCUGGUCUCGUACCACCCAAUCUUCUUUUUGAGAAUCUUGCGCCAAAGGUGGCGCCGUUCUACCAAAACCUCGAGAUAGUGGUCGAAAAUGCUAUAACGUGGCCGAAGAUCUCCAAGAACUCACCAAGACGGGCGAGCGUCAAUAGCUUUGGCUUUGGUGGUACCAACGCCCACGCUAUCUUGGAGAGUUACGAAUCGCCAAGCAAGGAGACGACCAUCGCUGGUCCAAACAUCUUGCCAGUCUUCUUCUCAGCCGCGUCCGAGCGCGCGCUCAAGAACACCAUCGUGGCGUACGACGCAUACCUCCAAACCAACCCCGACGUCGAUAUCCGCAGACUAGCGUGGACCGUAAACUUCCAGAAGUCCCGAUUCCCGCUUUGUACGGCAAUCAGUGCGACAGACGCAACCUCACUUCAGCUGAAAUUGCAUCAGAAGGCCAAAGACUUGGAAGCCAAAAAGUCAGAUGGCUUUUAUCAGAUCGCCAAGCCGGGUAUGAAAACCAGGAAAAUGACCCUGGGCGUCUUCACUGGACAAGGUGCUCAAUGGUCUGCGAUGAUGCGAGAUUUGGUCAGAGGGUCCGCUUUUGUGCGAGAGCGUCUUCGAAUCUUGGACCGUCGUCUGGCAAAACUGCCGAAGGACGAUCGUCCUACAUGGACUAUAGUCGAAGAGCUACUGCACGGUUCUUCCCGGAUUAGAGAAGCGGCUCUCUCGCAACCUCUUUGUACCGCUGUACAAAUCAUUCUUGUGGACUUGCUCCGCGUCGCCGGCGUGAAGCUUGAUGCCGUGGUAGGCCAUUCAUCUGGUGAGAUCGGUGCCGCAUAUUGUGCUGGUCUGAUUUCUGCCGAGGAUGCGAUAUGCAUUGCCUACUACCGUGGUCUUUGUUCCUCCCACGCUUGUGGCGAGUCUGGCGCCGAGGGAGGCAUGCUGGCCGUCGGCACCACUCAUGAGGAUGUGUCAGAUCUCUGUUCAAUGCCUGGAUUGGACGGCCGCCUUGCGAUCGCAGCCUGUAACUCUUCGACCAGCUUUACGCUAUCUGGUGACCGUCAAGCGAUUGAGUUGGCCAAGGAUGCCAUGGUCGAUGAGGGCAAGUUCGCUCGUCUGCUGCAGGUCGACAAGGCUUACCAUUCGCACCACAUGAUCAAGUGUUCUCAGCCGUACCUCGCAGCAAUGCAGACAUGCCAGAUCCAGAUCCAAUCCCCAGAGAGAUCAAAAUAUCCCAUAUGGUACUCCAGCGUUCGGGACGCAGUCAUGGGCGCUGAUUGUCCUGAGCUGACCGGCACUUACUGGAACGACAACAUGGUGAACCCCGUUCUUUUUGCGCAAGCAGUGGAAUGUGCAACCGCAGGCUGUGGACCCUUCGAACUGGCGAUCGAGAUAGGUCCUCAUGCUGCACUCAAGGGACCAGCACUCCAAGUCAUGUCAGAGCUGCUCGCCUCCCCUCCUCCUCCGUAUAUCGGGAUUCUGGACCGGAAGAAGAAUGAUCUCGACGCAAUCGCAGAUUUCGUUAGCUUUGUUGUCCAACACAGUGGUUGGCAUUCGGUCGAUAUGCGAAAGCUGGACCUUUCUACCACACAAGACUCAGAGCCAAUGCGUCUAUUGGACCUGCCUUCCUAUGGUUGGAAUCACGAUCGUAGGUACUGGCACGAGUCCCGAGUUUCGCGAAGCUAUCGGCUCAGAGAACCCAUAAAUCCGCUUCUUGGAGUGCGAAUGACAGACGGAUCGGAUCAAGAGUUCAGAUGGCGUAACUUCUUGAGUCCUGAGGACCUGCCGUUACUGACUGGUCACAUGAUUCAGGGACAAAUGAUUUUUCCUGCGGCAGGUUAUAUUUCAGCAUGUGUCGAAGCGGCUAACAUCAUCUCGCGGGACAACCAAAUCCGAUUAAUAGAGCUGCUGGAUGUCACAUUGGGCCAGGCUCUGGUCUUUGAAGACGAAAAGUCCAGGGUAGAGACUUUGUUCUCUGUUACUAAUGUGCAGCACAUCAAUCGUGAUACGUUGGAGGCCAGAUUUGUUUUCUAUUCGGCCCUGGGUAAGGAGACCAACAAUCUAAGCCCCAACGCGAGCGGAACGUUGCGUAUCGUCUAUGGUUCUCCGGUCGCUGAUACGCUACCUUCUCGUAAGCUCAACACUCUAGAAAUGGUUGAUGUUCCUGCAGACCGUCUCUACGCCGUGCUCAAAGAUAUAGGCUAUGGCUACACCGGGCCGUUCCGCGCACUCAAGGAUCUCAGGAGGAAAGCUAUGGAGUCUGAGGGGCUUGUAUCGCUGUCGCCGGAUGCUCGUGAGCUCGGUCUCAUAGUCGACCCAGCUAUGCUUGACGCCACUAUCCAAUCCAUUAUGCUGGCACGCAGCUAUCCAGGUGAUGGAAGACUGUGGUCUCUACACGUACCACAACGUAUCGAUCGGGUGUCAAUCAAUCACAGUCUGUGUAGCAAUGCUCGAUCUGACCCUUACUUCGAGACAUCCAUCCAUGAACACGACUUGGUGGGCAUCAUGGGCGAUGUGAAAGUCAUCCCGAUCGAGUCUCAACACGCCAUGAUCCAGAUGGAAGGUGUCCUGGCAGUCCCUCUCGAUGCUGCAACUCCAGAGCACGAUCGCGUAUUUUUCUCGCAAAUGUUUUGGGAUCACGAUACCCCAAAGGGCGACGUAGUGGCUUUCGAUGGUCAAGCGUCACCUGAUGAUUAUGCCCUAGCUUAUAUCCUCGAGCGGGUCAGUCAUUUCUACCUCAAGAGAAUCAAUGACGCAUUCGGGUCCGAUCACCCAAGCCGGUCAAAGGGGCCAUAUAUCGGCUUACUCAACUAUGCCAAGCACAUAGUACACUCUGUCAUCGAUGGAUCGAAUACCUACGCCGACCCUCUUUGGGCGUCAGACUGUCUAGAGGAUAUCCUGACAGUCAGUAAAAAGUAUCCCUCGAAUAUCGAUCUUGAGAUGAUGCACGUCAUUGGUGAACGUAUGCCGAGUGUAAUCCGUGGGGAAUCCAGUAUCCUUGAACAUUUGAAACAGGACAAUCUCCUCGAUCGCUACUACGAAGACGCGAUGGGUAUUGGCUUCUACACGCAAUAUCUCGCACGCCUGGUCCAGAAUGUGGUCCACAGGUAUCCACACAUGAACAUUCUCGAACUGGGAGCUGGUACAGGUGGUGCGACCAAGCACAUCAUGCGAGCCAUCCAAGGCACGUUCAAAUCCUACACCUUCACUGACAUAUCUAGCGGCUUCUUCGAGAACGCCAGAGAACUGUUCCACCAAUAUGAAGAUAACAUGGCUUUCCAAGUUCUGGAUCUCGAAAAGGAUAUCGACUCACAGAAUUUCGUAGAGGGCUCGUACGAUUUGAUUGUGGCAUCGUUCGUGCUACACGCCACUUCAAACAUGGAAACAACCCUCAAGAAUGUUCGCCGCCUCCUUAAACCAGGAGGCCAUCUCCUUAUGCUCGAGGUGACAAACUUAGAGCAGUCUCGACUUGGCUUCAUCUUCGGCGCGAUGCCUGGUUGGUGGCUCGGAGCAGAAGAUGGCAGAGUGCUUUCUCCUUGUCUGACACGCGACGACUGGGACAGCCUACUACGUAACACGGGUUUCUCAGGCAUCGAUAGCACCACCCCAGAUCCGGACCCGUUGCCAUUCCCAGCAUCUGCUUUGGUCACACAAGCCAUCGCUCCGGAGAUCGAUUUCUUGCGGAGUCCUCUCGACGUAUCCUAUGCAUCAAUCAAGUCUGGCACAGCUAUGGAGACAUUGUUGAUUGUUGGAGGCAAGCAUGUCGACGUUUUACGUCUCGUGGCUGCGUUGCAAGGACAUGUGCAGGCCCAUACGCAAAGGACGAUUCAUUGCAAAAGUCUUGAAGAACUGAUGGAUCUUGAAGAAGUUCCUACAGCGACCACUAGUGUCAUGCUUGCUGACCUUGAUACGUUCACUUUCCAGGAUAUGACCGAGAAACGCCUUCAGGGUCUGAAACGACUCUAUGAUUGUUCCCAAGAUGUUCUCUGGAUUACCAAUGGCAGCAGAGGCGAGGAACCUCACCACAACCAAAGUCUCGGCUUCGGCCGAUCCAUGCUCGUGGAGAUGCCACAUGUUAGAUCACAAUUCCUGGACCUAGCAACUUGCUUGGAACCGGAAACAUCUGUCCUGAUAGCGGAGUUCCUGUUGAGACUGGCUGUUUUCGAUCAUCACACUAUGCAAAAGUUCGAAGAACGCCUGGUGUGGUCGAUUGAACCAGAAAUGGCAUUUGAAAAUGGUGGCCUAUGGAUCCCUCGCAUCAAACCUGUCCGACAAGCGAAUGAUCGAUACAAUGCUAUGCGUAGAGUCGUUACAGAAGCGGUUGAGUCAAAGUCUGUACCGAUCAAGAUUGUCGCAAGAAAAAAUGGUCUCCAGCUCCAGCGAGCUCACAUGCCAAAAGAUGCGCCUGUCCAGUACGUUUCGAUUGACACCCAGUACGCAAUUUGCAAUCCUGUUCCAUUGCUCAGCAAGCGUGGGCUGUACCUUGUUUCAGGUAUGCUCCGGGAUACAGGCUAUACAGCUAUCGCUUUGACGGAACAGAACGCGUCUUCUAUGAGAGUGCCCAAAAACUGGGUCACUCUUUCAAUGCAACCUCUCAACGCCGCUGUGCUCCAGCAAGUAUACAAUCAGGCUGUUGCAUUUGCCGUGUUGGAAGGAAUGUGUAAGGGGGACCAUCUAGCCGUCUUAGAUGCUGAACUUGAGUUGCUUCUGUCGAUUCAAACUCUGGCUGGAGACCGGAGCAUACGCCUAAGCGUCAUCAUCAACUCUCAACAGGCCCACGAGCGCUUCAAGUCGUUCGAGACAAUUCUGAUCAGUCGCUACGAUUCACAAAGGAGUGUUGCAGAAAAUUUACCCUCAGACGUCGCCAUGUUUCUCAACGCUGGAGCCACUUCGGACCUCUCUAGCAAGAUUGCCGAGUGCCUUCCUAAAGCGUGCAAGCGUUCGCACUUGAAUGAUCUGAUAUGUGCAACACCCCACCCAAAUGAGGUGGAUUGGCGCGAGUGCUUCUCCGACAGACUACAAAGCUUCCUUCAUGGCGCCAUGAAAGACAUGCAACGCUUACCCUCUAGUUCUACACCUUUACUCACUGGAUUUGAUGAAGUGCAAGGGCUCAAACCCAAUGCUCUUGAGACCCACAUCAUUGACUGGACGGCUGACAAGCCAUGCGAUCUGAUGGUCCAGACCAUCCAGGAACAGACGAGAUUUUCUCCCGAAAGGACUUAUUGGCUGGUAGGUCUUACUGGAUCUCUAGGAAUCUCUCUUUGUCGUUGGAUGAUCAAACUUGGUGCUAGGACUAUUGUCUUCACCAGCCGAAACCCCAAGAUCGAUCGAGACACAUUGGAAGAUCUCAGCGCUCUCGGUGGGUGCAUCAAGGUGCUUGCGGCAGACGUAACCUCGAAGCAAAGCCUACAGACGCUGUAUGAUCAGAUGUGUAGGGAACUGCCACCGAUUGGCGGCGUUGUACAAGGCGCCAUGGUUCUGCAUGACGCUAUGCUAGCUGACAUGAAUGUGACACAGUUUAACAGCGUCUUGGCUCCCAAGGUCGAGGGUAGCAAGAAUCUGGACUCUAUCUUCAAUGAGGAUUCUUUAGACUUUUUCAUCAUGUUCUCGUCUGCUACCUGUGUCACCGGCAACAUCGGUCAAUCGGCCUACUCUGUCGCAAAUAUGUUCAUGACUGGCCUAGCAGCUCAAAGACGUAAGCGAGGACUUUGUGGAUCUGCCAUAAACAUCGGUGCAAUUCUCGGAAUUGGAUAUGUCACAAGAGAGACAUCUCAAGAGCUGCAGAAUAAUUUGCUCAAGAGUGGCCACGUGUGGAUGUCAGAGGAGGACCUACACACGCUUUUCGCAGAAGCUAUUCUAGCUGGUCAUCCCGCUCGUGGACUGACGCCUGAGCUAAAUAGUGGAUUGCGCGUCAUCCACGCGGCAGAUAAGCAAAAGCCUCUCUGGUCUUUCAGUCCAAAGUUCUCACAUCUCGUCAAGCCUGGAGGACUCACUGGUCCGAUCAAGAACCAAGUGGGGAUCAGAAUUCCAGUCAUCGCAUUGCUGGAAGUGGCGCCAGACGCUGAUACCGCGAUGUCAAUCUUAAGAGAGGCACUGAUACGCAAACUUGUCACUAUGCUUCAGCUAGACGAUUCAAUGAGUCAUAGCAGCAUACUAGACAUGAAGGCAGAUGACUUGGGCAUCGACUCACUAAACGCUGUAGAGCUCCGGUCUUGGAUCUUUAAAGAGUUCAAGACAGACGUUCCUGUCUUGCGAAUCUUAGGAGGUGCAACCAUUCUGGAUCUUCUGGUCUUCGUUCUGGAGAAAAUGCCAUCUGAGCUCGUACCUCUUGUUGGAUCAGAAAGACAGUCAGCAAAUCCCAUGGCGCAUGCCACCUUGAUGGACGUGCUACCGGACAACACGUCUGAGCUGGGUCUAGCUCUUGAUGCAGCAGCGUCAGAUGCGCUGGAGGGAGGCAUUGACGAUAUUAUCGCCUUUGAACAGGAAGAUUCGGAACAGGCAACGUUCAAGCCACAGCCUAAGAGCGCGUUCACCGCAGAAGUCUCCACCAGCCGUGUCAUGAGAGAUGUCUCAUCUACCGACAGCGAGAGUGAGAUCUCAACUGGACCGACGACACCCAGCGCAAGUCUUUACAUCGAACCCACCAAACAGGAUAGCCCGAGGGCAUCCCUGGAGAGAUCACUUCCAAUGUCCUCAGCCCAGUCCAAUUUUUGGUUCCUGAGACAUUACAUUGAAGAUCAAUCCACUUUUAAUAUUACCGUUACGCUCCAGGUCAAUGGAAAGAUUUGCCUUGCGGACUUGGAGCGUGCUGUAUCUGCCAUUGGUCAACGUCACGAGGCGCUUCGUACAGCGUUCUUCCUUGACGAGCUUGAGCAGCCGAUGCAGGGAAUCCUCAUGGAAAGCCAGUUGAGAUUGGAGCAAGAGUCCUUCGCAAAUGAGGCUCAACUCCAAUCGAUCAUGGGAAAAAUCAAAGGUCACGAAUACAAUCUCGAGGCGGGAGAGAUCAUGAGAAUCAUCCAUAUAUCUUCCGAGACUGAAAAGAGCUCUCCGUCAUAUCUGGUUGUUGGCUACCACCACAUCAACAUGGAUGGUAUCAGCUUCCAGAUCGUCCUCGAUGACUUGCGUAGGUCUUACGAGAGAAGGCCGCUCACCCCGGGGAUCUUACAGUAUCCUGACUACGGUGUCCGCCAACGCGAGCAAGCAGUUCGAGGAGAGUGGGAUGACGAUAUCAGAUACUGGAAGAACCAAUUCCAAGAGCUGCCCUCAGCAUUGCCCUUGUUGCCCGUCACAAGCAUCAAACAAAGAAAGGCUCUCAUGCAUUACAGUCAUCUCAAAGUCGAGUUCAAGGUCGGCAAUGAGAUGGCACGAAACAUUCACCGUACCUGUAAGGAGCUCAAGAUCAGUCCUUAUCAUUUCUACUUGGCUGCUUUCCACGUCCUUCUCGCACGAUACUCAUCUACUUCUGACUUAUGUAUCGGUGUCGCUGAUGGCGGCCGAGUGGAAAACGACACGAUGACUGCUGUCGGUCUUUUCCUCAAUGUUCUGCCAUUGCGUUCUCGAUACAACCCGCUCCACUCAUUCAAAGAUACAGCAAAGGAGAUCAAGGCUCAAGCUUACGCGGGUAUGGCCCAUUCACGUCUAGCGUUCGAUGCCCUGCUUGCAGAGUUGAACGUCCCUCGAUCAGCAUCUCAGAGCCCACUCUUCCAGGCAUUCGUCGAUUAUCGCCAAUCCAUUGAGGAAACCCAGACUUUUGGUCAUUGCACUUUGAAGGGCUACGAUUACGAAGUGGGCCGAACCUCUUAUGACAUAGCGCUCGAUGUGUCAGACAACUCGCGUGGCGAAGCAGUCUUGGUGCUCGCAGUGCAAGAAAGCCUUUAUUCACAGGAGGCAGCGCAGAUCUUGAUGAGAUCUUAUACCAGACUGCUUCAUCAGUUCUGUGAGAAUCCGCUUGCAAAGCUGGAGAGUCUGAAUCUGCACUGGGAGCAGGACGUCGAGAAGGCUGUCAGCGCUGGAUGUGGAUCCACCAAGUCAAGUCUUUGGAAGAAGACACUGCCCCAUCAAGUCAACGAGAUGGCCCAUUUGUAUCCGGACAACCUGGCCUUAAAGGAUGCUUUAGGCAAAUCACUCACUUACCGGGCGAUGACAACGCGGGUCAAUGAGAUUGCUGCCGCCAUCCUGCAAUCUAGUGCUUCAUCGGGCUCGACCGUUGGCGUCCUGCAAGAUGCCACAGCUGAUUGGAUAUGCUCAAUGCUUGCGAUCAUGUGGACAGGGCGUGUCUAUUUGCCACUUGAUCUCAGAGUGGGGUUGCCACGACUGGCUUCGGCUGUUGCUGACUCCAAGCCUUCACUUAUACUUCACGACAAUAUUAUGCAACACCACCUGGCAGACGUUGUAGGCACGUCGAAAGUUGGGACUAUCAAUAUCGAAGCGCCCGCUCGAUCCGCAGCUACAACCGUCGAAAUUCAGACUGAUCCUCUAUCGCCUGCAGUUAUCUUGUAUACCAGUGGGUCUACAGGUGACCCGAAAGGUGUCCUGCUGGCUCAUGUCGGCUUACUCAACAACAUCGAAGGCUGUUCUGAUCAAUUCAAGCUGGGUCCCAACGACUUGGGUCUGCAGCAGAUUGCCUUCUCCUUCGACUUUUCCGUCUGGCAGAUCUUUAUGUGUCUCGCAAACGGAGCUGGCAUCUUCAUUGCGCCUACGAGUGCGCGCAGGGAUCCGAAAGCCCUUACCGCACUGAUAGUGGAGGAAGGCAUCACUUUCACAGGCGCAACUCCAUCUGAAUAUAUCAGCUGGUUGCGUCACGGUGAUCCCUUAGCCAUGCGGGCCUCUUCAUGGGCUUGGGCUGUCAGUUCUGGUGAGCAAAUGACAGAUGUGAUGAAACGACAAUUCAAUACCCUGGCAAAACCUGAUCUGAAGCUCUUCAAUGGAUACGGUCCCACUGAAGCAUCAAUCUCGACAGCAAAGAUAUCUGUGCCCUAUAUGCAGGAGUCGGAGUGUGCCAGAAGCUCAACACCAGGCGGAUAUGCCCAACUCAAUUGUCUGAUUUACAUCUUGGACGACAACUUCGAUCCUGUGCCUUGCGGUGUUGAGGGUCAGAUUGCCAUCGGCGGCGCAGGGAUCGGACCUGGCUACCUGAACAACACAGCACUCACAAACAGCAAAUUCGUCCCAGUGCCGGCGCGAUACUUGCCUGAUGAUCACAAGCGGCAAGGUUGGACGAAGAUGUUCCUGACAGGAGAUCGUGGAAUCCUUCAUUCUCCAGAUGGCGCGAUUCUCAUCAAAGGUCGUGUUUCAGGCGAUACCCAGAUCAAACUUCGCGGGCUUCGCAUGGAUCUUGGAGAAAUCGAGCAAGCUUUGGUCAAAGCGGCCGACUCUUCAAUCCAGGACGCUGUUGUUUCCGUGCGGGGAACAGAUGAGAAAGACGACACCCAAUUCUUGGUCGCGCACAUCGUCUUUGCAUCCGGUGUUUCCCGUGAGCGUCAGGAGACCAUCUUGGAGACUAUGCCUGAGGCCCUCAAACUGCCCCAUUACAUGAUUCCAUCAUUAUUUGCUUCCGUCGAUAAGGUGCCCUUGAACGCCCAUCUCAAGUUGGAUCGCAAGGCUGCCGCUGAUCUUCCACUGCCUGAAGUUGCGGACAGCCACCUCAAACAGUUGCGUACACGGCUCAGUGGCCGAGAAAAGCAGCUGGCUGAGAUUUGGCAGCAAGUCAUUCCCGCAUCACUCAAGGGCAACGUUGUUCUCAACCGAACAUCCGACUUCUUCCUCACCGGAGGUGAUUCUUUCAGUUUGUUGCGACUGAGAGAUGAGAUACAACGCUCGUUUGCAGUCGAGCUGCCGUUGGCCCAGAUGUUUGAAGCCAGCUCACUCGAGAGCAUGGCCGCCUGUAUAUCGGCCGUACUAGACCCUCGUCCUGUCAAACAAGAAAGCCAACAGCCCAUCGGCUUACCCUCAGAGGAUCACAAUUACUCACUGCUGGAGGACAAAAGUGUUCAUCAAUCCGCGAAGAUCGAUUGGCAACAAGAGACACGGCUGGAAGGACUUCUCAGCAAGGGCACGUCCCCGAAAAAGUCACGGUCUGAGGGAUUCACUAUCAUCUUGACUGGAGCAACAGGAUUUCUAGGCAAAGCACUCUUGCACCGUUUCGAGCAAGACAAACGUGUGGCCAAAGUGCACUGCAUUGCCGUCAGGCAGCCCAAGUCACUGCAAGACGAAAUCCGAAGCACAAAGGUCAGUGUUCAUCAAGGUAAUCUCGCUGCACCCAGACUUGGGCUCGAUGAGCAUGUGGCAGAAGCUCUGUUUGAGGAUGCCGAUGUUAUCGUCCACAACGGAGCUGAUGUCAACUUCCUCAAACCGUACACAGCAUUGAGGGCGGCAAACGUUGGUUCGACCCGCGAGAUCAUCAGGUUGGCGUCAGUCUCUGCCGCGCCAAUCCAUUAUGUGAGCACUGGCGCCGUGGCUCAAUUCUCAGCCUCCUCGACCGUGGGUGAGAGCUCGUUGAGCCCGUGUAAACCCAAGCUCGACAAGGGAGGAGUGGGUAUUGGAUAUGCAGCUACUAAGUGGGCUUCCGAAGCACUCUUGCAGGAGGCCUCGAAGAAGCUGGAACUUCCUGUCACCAUUCAUCGCCCAACCAACAUCACUGGAGACGGCAUCAACAACCCAGCUGCUACAGAUCUUGUGGACAGUCUUCUCGCGUUCUCACGUAAGAUAGCCGCGGUGCCCAUCUCGGACAUCUGGGAUGAGGAAAGCGAGCUUGACUUUGUCAGUUUGGACUUUGUCGCCGACAAGAUCACGACAAUGGCAAUUCUUGAUGUUGGCGGACAGCGCAAGUCCACUCGCUUUAUGCAUCACGCCGGCGAAUUGCGCACACCACUGCGUCUACUAAAAGCAUCCAUGGAGCAGGAACUCGGUCGAGCUCUUCGAGCAGUGACGCUCGACGUUUGGGUCGUCGAAGCCGAAAUGGCAGGGCUCGACCCACUUGUGGCAGAAGUGCUACUAGACACGGAGCGCAAGGGUAUGAAGUUGAGGUUCCCCAGGUUGGUUCGGGGUCAAGUUGAGUCGGAAAAGCAGACGGUAAUGCAAUCCAAACCGGCUCUUUUAAAAGCCUUUGGUUCUGCGAUCUCCAGAUUGAACAGGGCAAUUUCCAUAGUAUGA